CCAUGUUUGGCACGCGUUCCAGGGGUUGCCCACCCCUGAUCUAGGGGAUCUGAGGCUUAAGGCUUUUUCUUGUUGUUGCGGUUUUUUAAGAUGGAAGAGACCUUAACAUGUUUACAAGCUGAGGGAAGGAGUCCCUGGGCCUAGGGAAAGGUUGACCAAAGAGCUCAUGGAGACAGGAGGGCACAAGGGGAGUGGUUGGCCCUGGGCAAGCUGACGGACAACAGGUGCCAGCCCCACAGUGGGAAUGUGGAAGGUUACUGGAGUUCAACCCUGGUAAAUGUCAGUCAUCUGAUAACCCGCACCCCUGGGUGGUGAUGGGAUGGAAGGGAGCAGCGUGGGUGGCGCCAUUGUGAGGUUAUGGGAAAGUAGCUGACCAAGGUCCUGUAAAAAUGGUUUCAGAGCAGCAGUAAGGAAACCUAAGGGUGUGGUGUGAUUCCCCCACCCCCACCCCCUUCAGCCAGACUUGCUAUUCUGGACGUAUGUGUGGAGGAGGCUCACCGUUGAGGAUGGGAUGCUGGGGUGAUGAACCAUUCUGCUUUUCCCAGGACGGAGGAAUUUUCUGGGACACAGAACUUUUGGUGCUAAAACUGGGAAGUCCUGGCAAAUCAGGACCAGCUGGUCACUCAAGGUGUUGCAGAGCUGGUGGCCAGGAGGCAACAUGGCAAGAGAAUUGAGGGUGCUAGCUGGUGAGAGUUUGUAGCUUAUGCUCUCAGUCCAGUCUGGGGAGAAAGGGAAGUGAGGCUAUUACUUGGUAGUAAUUUGUGAUCAUACCUUCAUUCAUUCAACAAGUAUUAAUUGAGUGCCUACUAUGCUGAGGUCCACACAGAGGAUUUAACCAGAAAGAAGACAGGAAUGCCCUCAUGGACCCUCCUUCCGUGGUGGCUAAUGUCAGUUGGUCUUCAGGACCCAUUCUCACCUCUGUCCAGAGGGCGGACAACUACAGUCUGCAUCUCCCCGGCUUCUUUAAAAGUAGGAUGUGACUUUAGUUCUGCCAAUUAGGUGCAUUCAGGCAAGAUUUACAAACAGCAGUGAGGUAGAGGCCAAUAGCUGGUUGCUUUUCUCUGUUUCUCUGCUGACAAGCAUGGUGGUGAUGACUUGGGGAUCUGGGUAGCAGCGUUUAGGUGUCCAGUCACCAGGUGUGGCGUUGGUGGAGGCAGGUGUGCUGGCGGUGGGUUGCCUCCUGGUAGCUGGGUCACCGUGGGUGUUCUUGAGCUCAGUUCUCCCUGUGGCGGCCUCCUGAUUCCCCACUGAGAUACGGUCUUCGUGGGAGUCCCAGGAAUCUUCCUCAGGAGCCCAGCCAAGAGCCCCUUCCCCUAGCCCUUGCUGCAGUUUUAUAAACACCCAUAUUGAAUGUAUUUCCAUGGAAAAUACCUCAUUUCUGUUUCUAAAACCUGGCACACGUUCUAUUGGCCAAAGUUGUGGGGAUUCACUUUGGAAAUUAACAGCUGAGUUUUUUUAAAUGAUCAUUGAACCCUUGCACAAAUCCCACUCGAGAAAUGAAACUGCUACUGGUCUUGGGUUUUGUGUCUCACUGUGAAGAUCGGAACAGUUUGUACCAGGGUAUGGGGGUGGAAGAAGGGGGAGGCAUCAUCAUCAAGUUACAAUUUGACAGAAGAGGGCAGGGGAGUAGAAAAGGGGAAUUUUUAAAAGAAUUCUAUAUACCUAUCGAUGCCAGUUACGUCUGGCUAGAAAAGGCUUACUGUAGUAGAGUGAAAUGAAACUAAUCUAAUGAUGAUGACAUCAGGAAGACUGGGCAUUUAAAAGCAGGGGAAAAAAAUAAUUGGACUCACAUAGCCCCUCUGUCCCUCAUCCAAGUGAGGCGAAGCAAGUGACUUCGGAGGAGAACACCUCCAUUGGAAAGGAUUCUGAAAGAAAUGAAGAAGCCCAUCAGAAAUGAAGUCAGUGGCCUCAUGGCCUUCUGUUGACUGGACUGGCGUCUUGCCCCUGCGAGGCACUCUGCAGGAUGUUUGCUGAGGUCAUUCAUCAGAUUGACGAGGCGCUCGAUGAAGAUGAGAGGGAGAUGCUCCUGUUUCUGUGCCGAGACGUUGUUGCAGAUGUGUCCGCAUUUAACGUCAGGGACCUUUUGGACAGUUUAAAUGAAAGAGGAAAGCUGUCUCACAUGGGCCUGGCUGAGCUGCUCUACAGAGUGAGGCGGUUUGACCUGCUCAAGCGGAUCUUGAAGAUGGACAAAAGGGCAGUGGAGGCCCACCUGCUCGGACACCCACAUCUUGUUUCAGACUACAGGGUGCUGAUGGCUGAGAUUGGUGAACAUUUGGAUAAAUCUGAUAUGUCCUCAUUAAUUUUUCUCAUGAAGGAUUAUAUGGGCCGAGGCAAGACAGCCAAGGAUAAGAGCUUCUUGGAUCUUGUGAUGGAAUUGGAGAAGCUAAAUCUGGUUGCUCCAGAUCAAUUGGAAUUAUUAGAAAAAUGUCUGAAGAACAUCCAUAGAAUAGACCUGAAGACAAAAAUCCAGAAAUACAAGCAGUCUGCUCAAGGAGCAGAAUCAAGUUAUGUAAAUGGCCUCCAGGCAUCUCUCCCAAACUUGAGUAUUAAGGACCCUUCGUAUAACUUAAGGCUUCAGAAUGGGAGGAGUAAAGGACAAAGACCCAUGGUGAGCCAUCCUGACAUUCAAAGAGAACCAGUGAAGACGUCCGUUCAAGAAUCAGGAGCAUUCCUGCCUCGGCCCAUCCCAGAGGACAGGUACAAGAUGCAGAGCAAGCCCUUGGGAAUCUGCCUGAUACUGGAUUGCAUCGGCAACGACACAGACGUUCUUCGGCACACCUUCACUUCCCUGGGCUUUGAAGUCUGGUGUUUCUCAUUUCUGACGAUGAGCCUUAUGCGUCAUCAUCUUCGCCAAGUUGCCUAUUGGACUCACCACCAAGACAAGGACAGCUUUGUGUGCGUCCUGGUGAGCCGAGGGGGCUCACAGAGCCUGUUUGGUGUGGAUCAGACUCACUCAGGGCUGUCUUUGGAUCAGAUCAGGAGGAUGUUCAGGGGAGAUGCAUGCCCUUCUCUCUUGGGAAAGCCAAAGCUCUUUUUUAUUCAGAACUAUGAGAAGUCAGAGAGUCACAUGGAAGACAGCAGCCUCCCAGAGGUCGAUGGGCUAGCAGCGAGCAACAUGGAUGCCAAGGCCUGGCAGCCUGAGCCCUGCACGGUUCACCCAGAAGCCGACUUCUUCUGGAGCCUGUGCAAGGCAGAUGCAUCUCUGCUGGACCAGUGCCCCACCUUAUCGUCCCGGUACCUACAGUGCCUCUCCCAGAAGCUGCAGCAGGAGAGAAGUCGGCCACUUGUGGAUCUCCACCUUGAACUGAAUAGCAAUAUGUAUGACUGGAACUGCGGAGUACCUGAUAAGGAGAAGUACCAUGUCUUGCUGCAGCAUACUCUGAGAAAGAAACUUUUUCUCUCUUGCAAAUGAAAAGCCCAAGACUGCUGAGCAGACUUCUCCUCUUCCACCUUCCUUGGCCCACACCACCCUGCUCACCAUGGAUAAUGAUAUUGCUGCACGUGUGGACCACACCAGCUCCAGCUUGCGCAGAGCGGGCUUUGGGGGGGAUGCCCCCAGUGCCAUCUGUCU